AUGCUGGGCCUCUUGUCUACAUGUGCUCUCCUCCUCUCCAGCUCAGCUCUGGCUCUGCCCGCCGUCCCUCGAGCCAACUCCAACACUCCUUACCCAGUGCCUCCCGCAGCAUCAGGAUGCACGGAAAAGUCGACCAACGUCUCAGCAUGGACCGUUGGCGACUUUGACUUCCACAGCUCAUACACCUUCACAACACCUGCCCACCAAAACUCCUGGGGCUAUGUCAACUUCACCUUGACCAACCCGGCCGUCGACUACACGCCAGUCUGCAGUGCGGCAUCCAACCAGCUGUCCGACUUUUUCUACGGCACUUUCAUCUACGAGUGCACCGUUCCCUCCACAGCCGGCAAGGCAACCUUUACCUAUUCACGUCCUAGUGGCCAGCUGCAGAUCAACCAGACAUGGAGCUGUGCCGACGAAGGCAGCCGGUUCACGGCCAUUGGAGGCGUCAACCUCAACCUCACCUGCGAUGACACGACAUGGCAGAACCCGAACUGGACAGUCGGCCAGAUUUACUCCACUCGCACCGUCACCUGUGGCAAGGUGACGGUCCCUGCACCUAUCGAAGAGAUGAGUGCUGUCCUGUAG